AGGACUAGCAAAUUAAAAAUGAAACAAGGAACACAAUGACGAAUACACAUCAGUUUUUGAGUGCAAAAUCGACAGGAUUGAUCGAGCGAGAUGUAAAUGGGGAUGUGCUAUGGACGUGGUCCUAUCCAUCUGUGAGCGAAGCAGACAGAGAAUUCUUUAUUCGGAAGUCUCGGCUUGAUGCCCCAGACAAUGCGGUACCGUUUCUGUACAGUCAGAGACAUCACACAUGGUACUACAUCUUUACCUUUGUUGUAGAUGACUCUGACCACCUUCCUAAAGUGACACAUGUUUCCAUUGUUCUAGUCACCAAAGAUUUCAACCCAGAAAAAUAUGAGAUACUUUGUAGGAUCUUGCUGAAGAAAUACCGAAAAUCUGGCAACCCAGCACAAUUACUGGAGAGUUAUCUCAGCGUCACCACCAGGGGGAGCUGUUCUACUGAGGAAAAUGGACGAUUUUCUGUACAGGACUAUGACAUCAGAAGAUCAUAUGCCAACACCAAGCUAAAAGAUUUUAUUUUAACCUAUGGAGUGGAGUCCAUCAUUGUUUACACAGCUCUACUUCUCAAAAAGAGGCUGGUGGUUUACUGUCCAGAGAAUCAAGUUCAACAAUUAAUGUCCAUAGUCAGGUCCCUUCCUGCUCUAGUGUGGCACAGGCAGAACUGGGACAUAGCCUUCCCUUUGAUAGAGAUGGAGGACUCAGAGGUGGAUGUAUUAAAACAGACCAGUAGUUAUGUCGCAGGGGUCACAGAUGCUUCAAUGGAGGGCAGAUCAGACUUGUAUGAUGUUUUUGUAAACACAUCUACUGGACAGAUUUCUAUAGCACCAGAAGCCAAAGAAUCUUUUGCCAUGGGUAAGCUGCACAAAGAUAUUGCAAAACACAUGGUACAGUGUGCAGAGUCAGAUGAAAUGACUGAGGAACAACUUAUCAAGGAAAUAUCAAAAAAGACUGGAGAACUGCUAAAUAACCUAAGGAGCCUCGCUACUGAAACCAAAGAUGGAAAACAUGUGAUUCAACUGGAAACUCUGAAGGAACGCAAAAUGGCACCUGCCACAGAGAGUUUCCUGUUUUCAUUGGCAGCUUGUGAGGGAUUAGUGGACGUUUAACAUUGACUAGGAACAGUGCUUAUGUGUGUGUGUGUCAUUGUAAUGCAAUAAACUGAAUAAAAUAACAGUAGAACCACAGCUUUUCAGAACGACAUUGAUAUGGAUUGCUGGAAAGAUCAAUCGAACACUCAGAUACAGACUGUAGAUGUGAAAUUUUAUCUUGUUGAUAAGAAAAGGACCAAGGUGAAUGAUUGAUAAUUGAGAUAUGUUCCAUCAGAUUCAAUUAAAACCUCAAUAAAUUUAA